UGACAAACGAUUUUGUUUCUCUGUUAACAUCCAACAAGCAGUCUGUUUAUGUAUAUAUUUUACAGUAUUGUUUAUAACAACUUGAAAAUAGGAACCUUUUAAAUUGGUAGUAAUUGAAUUCCUAAUUCUUAUUCCAUUAAAUGCUGUUUUAUAAUGAUGAUGCUGAUGAGAAUAAUAGAAUUGCACGGAAAAAACAGCAUUUAAUGGAAUAAGAAUUAGGAAUUCAAUUAAUACAAAUUUAAAAGUUUCCUAUUUUCAAGUUAUCAUAAAUAAUACUGUAAAAAAGAAUAACAGAAAUAAUUUUGUAUUUCUAGCAUAUUUUUUCGGUCCUUCAUGUAAACUGUUCAUUGACCGUUACAUAGCCUCAGAAUCGAUGUUGGAGACGACUGUAAACAACAGCAAAAUGUCAAUUUCUACUUACGAAUGAUCCAAAUCAACAAACGUCUUACUAUUUGAUGCAAAUCCACUAAGAAAACUUGAUUCAUCUAAAGAAAUUAAGAUACAUUUCUUGAGACUCGACCGCCUUAACUGAUUCCACCUGCCUCCAUACGACUGGAGUCCGACGGAGUCUGCUGUUUCUCUCUUACUUUUAGCCCCGUGAAGUCUCUCGGAGUCAACUAGAGUCAGGUGGAAUCAAGCGGAGUCCGUUGACUCGGUGGAGUCCGGAGUCUGCUGUUUCCCACUUGGUCUAUAGUCAGUUGACUAUAGGUGGUCAGCAUGGUCAUGGUAUAACGCAGUCUUCAUCAAUGCAACUUUAAAAAAGAACUGCAUGAAAAAAUUACACGUGGAUUAAUGUGAAGUGCUACCUUUUCGUAAUAAAAUUCGUUCUAGACAUCCUGACGUGUGUUCGCAAGUGGAACUAUUUUACGAAAUAUUAACGUGAAAAAUCCACGCGCGUUCACUACACUUCUCGAGUUUCAUUAGCCGUCACGCGGCAGAAAUGUCACAUAUAUGUUCUCAUGAAAGGGAAAACUUUUCGUGCGCAGUUCGCGACUGGUCACAAACGGCUUUUUUUUGCCGGUUUGAUAAACAUGGGUACACAGCAAACAAUCAAGCGAUGAGGAAAAUCUACCAAAAUAUCCAGUUGUUGAAGAACUGGAAUGGGGAUUGACAUCGAAAAGCAAAGCUUUGGCUAUUACAUGUGGAUUUUUCUAUAUCAAACCAUCAACAAAUAACGCAGAAACAGCACAUACAUACAGAUGUUUGACACAUGCACCUCCAACACCAUUUCUUGCACGUCUCUACAUCUCUACACAAACGAUGGAUUUAAUUGAAUAGAAUCAGAAGAACAUUCUCAUGCACCAGAUUCAAUUGCUGUACUGUAUCGAAAACCUUAUGAAAAGAUCAAACAACGUGUAUUAAACGAAUUUAUUCCAGUUAUGAGAAUUGUGGAAUACGAAUACUGUGGAUACAAGAAAGAAGGUCUUGCACAAAUGCCAACAAUCGUAACAACUAUUCUGACAACGACUUUUGAGGGACAACAGUUUCUGGUGCAUAGUGUCACCCACGAUGAUUUUGGUAGUCGUCUUUGUAUUUUUACCGAUCCCUUAUCGUUUGAUAUACUAUUUGAAAGUCAUAAUAUUGCGUCAGAUGGAACAUUUAAAUCGUGCACACUACAAUUUGAACAGUUGUACAUUAUUUUGGGAUUCGAACUUGAUCAAGUUGCGACAGAGCUGCCCAAAACAAUAUUUCGUGGUUGUUUGUUUGAUCAUGGACAAGCAUGUUACAGGGAAAUUCAGCAAGUCGGUGUAAUGAAUGAUCAUAAUGAUGGUUGUGAUAUACAUCAGUUUCUUCGUCAAUUUCUCGCACUUCCACUACUACCACUCCACUUUGUACAACCAGUCUUUGAUGAAUUAAAGAAACAAGCUGAACAACAACAAUUUUAUGAUGAUCGUCUCAAAUUGUUCAUUCUGUACCUUGAAGCUGAAUGGAUGCAACGCUGGGGUCCAGUUGCAUGGUGCGGUAAAAAAUUAAGCGAAAUGGAUUUUACGGUAGAUAAGUUCCAUCACAAAAACCACAAGGAUCCUUGGUGUCCCCGCCAUACGGGUUCACAUAAACACCCAAUUGUAUAUGCAGUGAACACCGAAGUGUGCGAACAGACAUUUCGCUGGCUAGCUUCCCAUAAAAAUAUUUUUCGUUGUCUCAAUCAUGCGCGAUUUAUGUGGCUAAUGAUAUUUGUGUAUAUAGUUCCCAUGGUUUUGAAAUUAUGAAUAGCUUCUAUGGUUUUGCUAAUAAACAGUUCCUAUACUCCCUAUAGUUUCGAUAUUACGAAUCACUCGUAUAGUACAUGUGGAGCAGAUGAAACUUUGUAGAAAAGUUCAUAGUACUCAACCAUGUAGAUGAAAAAAACGUAAACUUCAUUCCAGUUAACCAUUCAGAGUUAUAUCACCUUUCGUACUCUUUUUUGUACUCAUGUUUAGCCUCACAUGGCGUCAAUGGCAUAACUACCAUAAGAGAUAAAGCCAAAAUGCAUUGUUUUGAAAGAGGACACUUGGGACUACUGACUCUUAUUCGACUAUAUUCAAAAUAAUUCUUAGUCGGAGAAAAAUAUUUUUUUCAUUCUCAAACGUUUUACUGUUUUCUCAUAUAAUUUUACAGUUUCUCAGACAGUUCGACUUGACGUACGAGUCAAAAAAAUUGACUAAGCAGAAAAAGAAAAACAGCCAACCGAGAAUAUAUACACGAGCCAACAAAGGAACGGCCAACAAAGAACAUUCAACUAUCUAUAAUUCUUGAUAGAGAUAAUAUUAACAGAAGAGAAAAAUUAGCUAUAUCUAGCCGCGUAGUUAUCCAUCAACACGUCAUGAAUAGUCGUGACGAUAAUACCUUGACAGAAAUGUAGUUGAAUCGGUUAACGAAUCACAACUAUCGAAAGGAUAAACAGAAGACAGCUUGUGUAAGCGUGACGCUGUGACAUUUUUGACACAGUAAUUUGAGCUUUCUCAAAAAGUGUAAGAGCCAGAAACUUCGUUCUUGCGUCAUUCGACGCAGCUCGCCAUACUCUGCUUUUGGUACAAAAAUGAAGGUAUGUGGUUAAACAUUCGAAUUUUCAAAACCGUUUUUCGGCGUGUGACGUUACGAGAAAAAAAGGCCCUGAAUUCGAAGUUCUUCUCAUUAAUUACUGUAAUUUGCUGAGAAUUUAGAAGAGCUACCGCGGGCCGCGGGGCGGGGGGGGGGGGGGGGGGGGGGGGGGGGGGGGGGGGGGGGGGGGGGGGGGGGGGGGGGGGGGGGGGGGGGGGGGGGGGGGGGGGG